AUGAAGUCAUCAACGAAAGAGAAAGGCCUCUCGGUUUUGCAAGCAACAUUUCCUAUGGUGGGAUCUAUUCUAGGCGCGGGAGUUUUGACGCUUCCAAAAGCCGUGGAAAAGUCUGGGUAUCUUCUAUCCGGGCCGAUACUUCUGUUUAUCUCAUCGAUAUGUGCCUUUACCCUGUUUCAGCUCGUGCACUGCGCUAAGAACUUGGGCAAAAGCGACCCCUCGUACUUUCUGGUGUGCCAAAACGCGUUUCCGGCCUUGGGAUACAUAGCAGACGCGUGCAUAGGGGUACAGGGGCUGGGGUCUGUUUUCGUAUACUUUUUGCUGCUGAAGGCGUGGAUAUCCAAACUUCUGGGCAUUGACGGUGCCAUAGUGUACCUGCCAUACAACAUUAUAUUCAGUCUUUUGCUCAUACUCGUCCCAACGGCCUUGGCCAUGCAGAAAGACCUGAAAAAGCUUUCCUUCAUUUCGAUAAUGUCGACAGCCUCGGUAGUGUUCCUUUCUGCUGUGGUUAUGCUGUCUGGCGCGCUGUCUCUGAUGCUUCCCUCAAAGGGGGUGCAGAAAGACACGCUGCGCGCAUACACAACAAGCCCAUCGGACAUCCUUGCGGCGCUUUCGUCAUACAUAUUUGGGCUGGGCUGCCAGCAGAACAUGGUGAGGGUCUUUUCCCUGCUUGAAAAGCCGACAAAGGCCAAUGGAGCCAAGGUGGGCGCGUUUGCUAUUGCCAUUGCAUCGUUUGCGUACUUCCUGGUGGCAAACGGCGGAUACAUUGCUGGCGGAAACGACCAGAAUGUUUCGAUACUGGAGAUACUGGAGAACAAGGAGCGGGCCUUCUACAAAGUGAUUAUGCUGAACUUUGGAAACACCAUGGGGAGCGCAUACUUUUACUUGAUAACCGUUUCAAUGAUUGCCAUGAGCAUUGUGCUUCUGGGCGCAUAUCCACUGCAGAUGCACCCAACCCGCGACUCUGCCAUCACGUUCUUGCGGUUAAUCGCGAAAAACCCAAUAGACCAAAACAAAAGGUUGGCUGAAAUAUUCACAACCGCUGUUCUAACUGCACUGAUAUUUAUAGGUUCGCUAGGAAACAUAAAAUACACAUUUGUUAUGAACCUUAUAGCAAACACAGCAAGCUGCUACAUUAUGUUUGCGCUUCCAAGCAUAUCAUAUAUUUUGUCAAACAAGAAGAGGCUUUUGUUCACUAUAUUGUCAUGCGGAAUACUCGGAGGAAGCAUCUUAUUCUCUAUCACUGAAACAUACAAAUUAUUUUCUAGUAUAAUUAACUAA